AGUUGCUCCACUGUUGAGAAUGGAUCCAUCAAAAUCCACUUGAUGUAACCUUAUGGACUACUAAAGUAGCGUGCUCCCGUCAGUGAGGAGCGUCUGUAUCGCAAGUGAUUAUCCCACCUCUUACUCCGCCAGUUAUGGAUUGUCCCGCCAGAAGAUUUCCUCUGCGUCGACCAGCUAAUCAUGUUCCCCCUAUACCUCGAUGGUAUACCCACUUUGGAAACAGCAUAGAUAAAGUAUUUACUGCAUACAUUGGAAUUCAACGACAUAACGGACUCGAUACUGGGCUGACGCAGUGCCUCCCAGCGAUCGAGCUCUGGCUUGCUGAAGACCAGAACAACGCGCCUGCUGCGGUGGAGCGUUUUCGGGUCAUUGACGGUGACGACACCCCAGAGUCACUCGUUUUCGUAUGCUACUGGGAUGCGGAAUCAAAGUAUGAGGAGAGUAUCAAUCGAUUGAAUCUCACUCAACGAUACCAAGAGCUCGAUAAGUCCGUUCAACCGACAGUGGGCCUCUGGUGUGAGAGGUUUGUCAGUCAUGUUUCUCGUCUGGAGACAAACUAUUCGGGAACAGACUAUCUCCCUGGCCUGGCUCGUCUACCGGGCACAAAGACCGUAGAGCAUUCAUACUCGGCAUACUGGGGCGCCGCUCGGGAUCGAAUCCCUGAUUCGGCAUUUGACCUCUUUGAGCGGGAUGUGAAUCCCACAGGGGCAGCUGUUCCUGACAAUAUCUCGCUCUCUUUGGGCAAGCGCCUCAGAGGUACCAACGUCCAUAAUGUGGUGCAUAUACGGACUGGUCAAUUCUGGAACAACUGCGACGACGACGAAAAACGUUCCUACGAAGAGAAACUGGAACCGACUCUCCGGGAAGGGCUGGCAUACUUGUGGCAAAACCCCGCCGAGACGGGCUCCAUGGGACUGAGGUACCUAUCUAACGUUCCUACGUCUUCGCCCCAUUGGACAGGGCAGUCAAACGAAUCCUGCGUGACUGGAUUCUUCAGAAGCCUGGCUGAUCUGGAAAGUUGGGCCAAGAAGCAUCCAUCGCAUCUGGCCAUAUAUACUGGUGCCAUCCGCCAUGCAAAAACUUUCGGGGAUAAACGGAAGUUUCGGACAUGGCAUGAGGUUUCAGUACUAAAGUGCGGCGAUGCGCAAUUUGAAUACCUGAAUUGCCUUUCAGGCACUGGCAUGAUAAAUUGUAUACCCCUCACCGAGGUUAGUGAUUAACGUCUGAGAUAUCGAAUCUACGCAAAUCGCACAGACCAUUAAUGUUCUUUGCUGCAUACUUUCGAUCUACUCGCCGGGCGCUUCAUUAUGCCAAAAGGCUCUAUAUAACUCUAUGCGCUUGGAUGUCAGUGGGAAAGACAGGCCAAACAGGGCAAGCUUGUCUUUAUGUGGGCUGUACAGGCAAAGUAUGAUACAGGGUGAGAUAGAUACGGUUAAAACUAUAUCCUUAAAGUCUUCAUGUAGCUCUCCGAGUUCCCUAUGAAAAUCAUCAUUAAUGAC